UAAGAAAUUAAAAUCAAGAUAAGACACCAAAAUCGAAUUUACUCCCAAAUUCCAAAUUCCAAAAUAACCGCAAAUUAUUUCUAUCUGUUUCUCACUACAUCAUUUCCAGAAAAAAUCGAAAGAGGGAAAAAGAGAGGGGAGAAGAGGGGAAGGAAAAGAGCUUGAAUUGCAACAAAAAUGGCGGGUUCAUCAUCAAAAUUCCACCAAAUUGAUGAAACCCUAACUUUAAUUCCGACCCUUCCUAACGAUCUCUCUGCUUUGAUCCUUUCUUUCAUACCUUUCACCUUUCAUGGCCGAUUGAAGUCAACCUGUAAAUCAUGGCGUAAUUUUUACUCUUCUAAAACCCCACUUUCUAUCCGCCAUGCUCAUCUUCCACUUUCUUCACUUUCUCACCUCCUUUGCCUGUUUCCAGAAGACCCUUCUCUGUCCUCCCCUUAUCUGUUUGACCCGACCCAUUUGGCGUGGGCCCCACUUCCGCCCAUGCCCAUCAACCCGCAUGUUUACUCUCUCUCUAAUUUUGCGUCUCUUGCAAUCGGACCGGAGCUUUAUGUGCUGGGUGGGUCCCUCUUUGAUACGCGGUCUUUCCCCAUGGACCGCCCCGUCGCCUCCGCCGCUGUUUUCCGGUAUGAUCUCGCGGUUGGUGUGUGGGUCCAGCUUGCACCGAUGAUCACCCCACGUGGGUCCCACGCGGCGGUGGCUGUGGAGGAGGGGCGGGGGAGGAUUGUGGUCGCGGGUGGUGGGUCUCGGCAUGCGAUGUUUGGUGCGGCGGGGACAAGGGUUGAUGUUGCUGAAGUGUAUGAUGUUGAGAAGGAUGAGUGGACAUCACUCGCUGACCUCCCAGGUUCCCGGGCCGGGUGUGUGGGUUUCUGCGUGGGUAGUGGGAGGGAGUUAUGGGUGAUGGGUGGGUACGGCGAAGCAAGGACGAUAAAUGGCGUUUUGCCGGUGGAUGAACACUAUAAGGAUGUGGUGGUGUUGGAAUUGGAGAAUGGUGGUGGUGGUGGUGGUGGUGGAGUGGAGCAGGGGAGGUGGAGAGAAAUUGGGGAUAUGUGGGGUAAUGAGGAGCGAGCUAGGCUUGGAAAGGUGGUUGUAAUUGAUGAUGAAGGGGAGAAGAAUUUGCCAAAGGUGUUUAUGCUUGAUGGAAAUGACAUUUUCAGGUAUAACAUGGCAUCGAACCGAUGGUUUAAGGAGUCAACCGUCCCAAGAAAAGCACAAGACGGAUCACAGUUUGGGUUCGUGGCACUUCAAGGAGAACUUCAUGUGAUCUCCCUCCUUCAAGGAGUUGAACUAUCAGCAAUUCGAAGAUCUAGACAUCGAAGAAGGGGUACUGUUCUGUUCAUGCAAAUUUACGACCCCAGAAACAAGUCUUGGAGAUCACUCGUUACCAGGACACCUUUCCAGUUUCCAUUGGAUUUCAGAACUGCAGUUAUGUGCACAAUUCGUGUCUAGCUUAUAUACAUAUAUUGAUGAUUGCAACAGUAUAGUAAACAAGUAAAUCCAUUGUAAUUUGCUAAUUAAUUAGUUCAUUGAUUUGUAUAACUCUGUUCAUACAGCCUUAAUUUGUACAACUUUCAUGAGAUAUUGGAAAUAUUCUAAACUUCAUCCUCUAAAACAAGUAAA